AUGUCGCGCCCACUAUCUCAAAAGAUCUACUCCGACGUCUUUAAGCGCUGGCCAAAGCAGGCCCUCCGUCCCGAUCACCAACUCCAAGAUGUGUUGAGCAAGACUGUGACCGAGCGAUUCCAAAAUUACAAGCCCUCCAUGGAGCGUGAGGAGAUUCAAAAGGCUAGGGCGCUACAGUUUCUUCUUCGGGACCGGUUCAACGACCGAUUUAAGCUCAAGGGACUUUUGCUCGAGCCAAAGAGCCAGCCUACAUACUUCACGGAUCUAGUAAAGGAGAUUGAUGAGGCGCCGAACAGAUCGUGGUUCGAGAGAUUGGGUAAGAGGUUAUCUGGUAUGAUUCGGUUUCAGUAA